CGAAGGAGGAGAGAGAGAGAGAGAGAGAGGGAGAGAGAGAGAUGAAAAAUGGACUGAUUUGGCGAUAAUAGAAGGAUUCGACACAGGAAGGAAAUAAGGAAAGAUGACCGUGGACGACCGGUCUUUCUUCAGCAAGUGUGUGGUCCAGCUGGCUCGCACUCUUGCUAAAAUAAAGCCGACGCCACAAGAUAAGGUUGAGAAGCUCUUAUCCCUGUGUCCGGGGGAAAGUCAUGGAGGAGUUUACCGUGUGGACCAACGAGGACAAGAUGCUGUGGUCGCGCUAGGAGUGUAUUUUCUUGAGUCUGGCCUGCAACACGAGGCCUUAAUCCUCCAAUACCUUCUCCGACUGCUUCGAGCUCUCCCGAAGGCUGUAUGGCUGGACGAAAAGAAAAUUAACUUGACGGAUCGCAUACCAGUUGCCGAGCGUUUCAGCUUCUUGCUCACAACACUUCUGAGUGAUGUUGCCGCUCAAAGUGAGACUGUGCGUGAUGAGAUUAUCAAUACACAAAUCGAAGUUUUGUCAACCCUGACAAAUGGCAUCAUUAGGAAUGUGCGAGAUGACCAGCUACGCUCAAGCAAUGCUAAAAUAUCCCUAUGCCGUGGAACAAUACCAGUUUUAUUGGGCCUGGCCCGUGCCCUAGGCAGAUCUACAUCAGGAGACCCUCUGUUUCUACGCAUCUUCCCGGCUUCAACCAUCCCAACACCUGUUCCUGCGGAAACUACACAGAUGGCGAAGAAGAAAAGCUUCAGUAACUUUCGUCCCAUCAUUCCAAGGUCAUUGUCGUCCACCUUGCCCUCCUGUCCUGACGUGGUUUCACUCGUCAGUGUAGAUAGCGACCGGGACAUUGGUUUACGAGUCCCCGGAGGAGCCCCAAACAAACGUCCUUCGUUGCAGUCUCAGCAGUCUGUUCCCUACGAUCCGAAGGUGUACUUCUUUCAGAAAUAUGGAUCCAGCUUUGGGGCAAGCUUGCCUCAGGUUGCCCAAUAUGAUCACACAUUAAUUUUCCCAGUGCAGCAUCUACAGACUGUUCUAGCCAAUGCAAAGAAACUCUUGGCAAAGGAGGUACUGGGAGUACUUGAUGAGGUAUCACGUGAAGUUUUCAGCUCUGGCCAGAUCAAGAUGUUCCCAUAUAGGACUCUGCGUGAGACUAUUAACUUGGUCAUGGUAACACUUCUUAGGGAACUUCUGGCCUAUCAGAAAGACUUGCCGGUGCCAUUUACAAGAGAUGUCCAAGACUUUGUGAAGAGCCUCUACCUGUCUGGCCAGACUGAACUUGCAGGACAACAGCAGGAAUCAGGAGAGAAGGACGACCCUGCUGUGAAGACUCAAGCUGUUAACACAUUUAGGAUCAAUGUUCAGGCAAAUGCUGCUUGUGUUGAUCUGUUGGUAUGGGCUAUUGCUGAUGAGUCAGAGUCAGACCAGGGCUCAGAACUCUCUUUCCUUCUGUCAGUUUUCACAAAUCAUCUCCAGAUGCAAGAUGUUGAUGGUAACACAGAUGCCGAGAGCCUCUGCAAUCGACUGACAGAGAAGCUUAACCUUCCUCAUGGCCAUCGAUUGGUUUUAGCUCACAUGCCACUCCUCCUGGUAUGCUUAGAGGGUUUGGGAAAGCUAGCGAACAAGUUUCCAAAUAUUGCCGGGACCAGCAUAAAUUAUCUACAGGACUUCCUUGUCAGUCCAUCGCCGAUUCUUCUCAAGCUACACCGUCAACAGUCAGAUUUCUUAACACCCCAGCAAGGCAAUUUGACUGUCAAAGUAACUGGAGAUGGGGCAAACAGACCAGUCUCAGCCACAGCCACAGCCCUUGAGAGGCUGAGAGAUGCUGCCAUUGAGAACCUGUGUGUGGCUCUGAAGGCAGGCUUAACAGUGGACCCUAACACAGUUCUGGCCUUCAUAUCUUCCAUAUCUGGAAGGGAAAAGGCUGGACAUGAUCGUCUUCCUGAAAGCGACAAUAUUGUGAUCUCUCAUACCGUGGUGGUAGCACUGGGACAUGUGGCAGUGGCACUGAAGGACUCGCCACGCACCACAGAGACCAUUCUGCACCAGUGCCUCCUCCAGCGCUUCUGCCGACCACCAUCUAUACUUGACACUCUCAUUGUUGACCAGCUGGGGUGCAUGCUUCUGGCUAAGAAUGAUCCUAAAGUGUGCGAUGAGAUUAUGGAACAGUUUAGUAAGAUUAUCCUAGAGGCAAGCAGUGGGACCUAUGGUGUGGGUGCAGGCCAAGACCAGCGCAUGAAACAAUAUAGACAUGUCGCUACUGCAGUUCACAAUGCUCUAGCAAAUAUUGCAGCGAAUAUUCAAGGUGAAGCUGAAAUGGACAAGCUAGUAAUGCGACUUUUAGAACUGUUUGUGAAGCUGGGUUUAGCAGCUAAACAGAACUCAGAAAAACAUCCUGCAGUCUUGAAGGCAUCAAGCAGUGCAGGAAACCUCGGUGUGCUCAUCCCUGUGAUUGCCGUGCUGGUUCGCCGUCUUCCACCAAUCAAAGAACCAAAACCUCGCCUGCUGAAGUUGUUCCGAGACUUCUGGCUUUUCUGCAUUGUGAUGGGCUUCACUCAGCAGGAAUCAGGGUUAUGGCCUGCUGAAUGGUACAUGGCUGUGUGCGAUAUUGCCGUCACAUCUCCCCAGUUACUCUCUCGAACCCAGCACCGCUCUGAAAUGAAGGAGCUCUAUUAUACUUAUGCAGUUCGUGAUGAGUCAGUGUCAGUGGGAGAAUUGGGUGAACUACGACAACAAAUUCUCAGUCUCCUUGAGCAUCCUACAGAUGUCACCCCAGUGGUCAACAAGUUAUCUUUCGCUCAGUGCAUUUAUGUGCUGUCUGUAUAUCGAGUAGAAGCACUCAGAGUAAGGAGCUCUACAGAGACAAGUUUUAUGCCAAUGUUUGAGUACCUGCUGGACCCAGCCAUCCAGAAUGACAAAUGUGAUAUGUGGACGUGCAUCAACAGAGUGAGUGAGAAAGUAUUCAACAUAUUCCUUGAGCAAGUGAGUCACCAGCCUCGAGAUGAAAGGCAAGAAAAGCUCCUGGUGCUUCAUGCACAGUUUCUUCUGACACACUUCAACCACACCCAGGCACAGAUCAGGCGUGUAGCUGACAAGCUGUUGUCAAAACUUGUUGACAGGUUCCCACAGCUCCUAUGGAAUGGCAAUGUGCUGCGAACCCUCCUAGACAUUCUGCAGGUCCUGGGCUACUCUCUACAGCUAGACCCUAAUGAUGCCAACCCAACUAUUCCUAUUCCUGAUACACCUUUUAGCAUCACGCUUAUGGAUACUCUUGAGUAUAGGGAGAGAACCGUUAGCGACUUUGCAGCGCGUUGCCAAGGUAUCCUUCAAGAGGCAAUGAAAUGGGCUCCAGAGGCAACUCGGUCCCACCUGCAGAAUUACCAGACACACAUUGACCAGUCCAAUCUAACAUCACACUCUGGCUUGGCCCUUGCUACUCAGUCAGUCAUGCAGUAUGCGGGUCUUGGGACACCUACACACAUGAGCCAUACUGCAACUUUGGACAAGCGCAACAAAGGUGCGACAGACCUCACCUCUUCCUUCAUGAAGUCAUUAAGCCUGAGAACGCACUAUCAGGGUGAGAUAUCAGGGUUGCUUCUGAUGGUGAGAGACGAGAGUCAACGAGAACAGCUGAUUGCCAAGCUCCUUGGUGACAUCAAAGUGGCUUGUGAGAAGAAGAAGGAGGUGGACUUCAGACAGGGACUCUGGAGGGCAACUGGGCUCAUGAUUUUCUCAGAAGGCAUCAACCGCAGGCUACUUCGACACAUUUGCUCUGCGUGUCUAGACAUGUUCACAGAAGAUGCCAUGGAAAACAGCGUGGCUUGCUGGCAGUGGAUACUUUCAGCUCGCCAUGACAUGACACUACCCUUUAUGCAGGAGAUGAUAACAGCUUGGCAGGAAAGUGUUGCUCGGCGCUUGGGCCUGUUCUCUCGUCAGAUAGAUGAAGUGAAUCCCCUUGCAGCAUAUGAAGGUUGUAACCUUGAGCCUAAGGUGCCUCAAGUUGGCCCACAUGACAUAUGGAUAAAGUUCAUCAGUGAGCGAAUAGAAAUUGCAAAAUACGACAGUGAUGCCCAGGUGGCCAUGUUUGCAUGCAUGUUUCAUAGGACACUGCACAUGACUGUUGGAAAUCCAGAUUCCAAGAUAAACCGCCACAUUGGAGCCAUUGGCACACGUUUUCGUUUGCUGUCCUGUGCUCUUGCCCUCAUUCAAGGUGAUACCAUCCCCAAGUCCCUCAGUAAAAAUGUUCUUCGUGAGCGUAUUUACUGUGCCUGCCUUGAUUAUUUCUGUGCUGCCCGAGGAUGUCCCACACAACGACCAGCCUGCCUCCAGGAAGAUAUCAAUGCUCUCCUAAACUUCUGGAAUGCUCUCCAUGCUGACAAGAAGUACCUGAAGACUAGUGUUAUUGGAGACUUCACCUCUUAUCAGUAUGGAGGGGGUGCUUCUCUCUCCCCAUCCAUGGCCUCAGACUUGAGAUCAACGUCAGGUGAGUUUGUUGUGAAUAAUGCUGGCUGGAUCAACACUGUCCCACUGUCAUCGAAUACGUCUACACUCUCCAAGAGAUCAAAUCGCAGCAAGAGAAUGGUUAAUCCUGAUGUCUAUGUUAAGGACUAUCUCAAGAAAAGGGCACUUAUCCUCUCCUUGCUGGCAGUGGAGAUUCAGGCCCUGAAGGUGUGGCUCCAACCUCCACAACCCACUGGCCAAGGAGGAGAAGUGACAACUCCACAAGAAGAAGCUCUAGUCAAGUGGUUGUCCGGUGGUUUUAAUAGCCAGAAAGCCUGGAGUGGAAACACAAACCUUGCCUGGAGUAUUUCACCAGCACUAGCUGUUUAUUUGUCUACUAGAAUCCAUAAUGUCCAAGGACUAGAUGCCGAGAUCAGCAACCUUGUCCGUGAAAACCCCAUAGCUGUUAGUCACCUUGGGGAAGCUCUGCAGUACUUGGCCACUUCAGAAAACAUUCUUUCAGAUAUUCCAGAGUUAAACUACAUGUUGACAUGGGCUCCAGUGCCACCUGUCAAGGCACUGGCAUAUUUCUCAAGGCAGUAUCCACCUCACCCUCUGACUGCCCAGUAUGCUGUUAGAGUAUUGUCUAACUACCCUGCAGACACCAUUCUGUUCUACAUCCCUCAGCUGACACAAUCGCUUAGAUAUGAUACUAUGGGUUAUGUAGGUGAAUUCAUAAAAUAUGCAGGCAAGAAAUCACAGCUGUUGUGCCAUCAGCUGAUCUGGAACAUGCAGACUAACAAAUUCAGGGAUGAAGAAGGACAUGAGAAGGAUGCUGAUUUGUUUGAAGUGUUUGAGAAUUUGGAGAAGUCUUUGAUCAGCCAGUUUGCAGGGACAGCCAAGCAGUUUUAUGAGAGGGAGUUUGACUUCUUUGGGAAAGUCACUAACAUAUCGGCAAUCAUCAAACCAUAUCCAAAAGGUAUUGAGAGAAAGAAGGCAUGCUUAGAGGCACUCAAAGCAAUCAAAGUGGAGCCAGGAUGCUAUCUGCCCUCUAAUCCUGAAUCAGUUAUCCUGGACAUUGAUCGAAACAGUGGAACACCAAUGCAGAGUGCUGCCAAAGCUCCAUAUUUGGCAAGGUUUAAGGUGCGUCGUUGUGGCAUCAAAGAGCUCGAGAAGCAAGGAAUGGCAGUCAGCUCUGGGCAAGAGGUUGACUCAAACAUUGGUCCUGAAAUUUGGCAAGCUGCUAUAUUUAAGGUAGGAGAUGAUGUACGACAGGACAUGCUGGCCCUUCAGGUGAUCUCCAUUUUCAAGAACAUCUUCCAGACAGUGGGACUGGACUUGUUCCUCUUCCCAUACCGUGUUGUGGCCACCUCUCCUGGGUGUGGUGUAAUUGAGUGUGUUCCCAAUGCUAAGUCUCGGGACCAGCUAGGCCGGAGCACGGACACUGGGAUGUACGAGUAUUUCAUUAGUGUGUAUGGAGACGACAAUUCUCAUGCUUUCCAACAAGCGCGGUCCAACUUUGUCAAGUCCAUGGCAGCGUAUUCCCUGGUGGGCUUCUUGUUGCAGAUCAAGGACAGACACAAUGGCAAUAUCAUGUUGGAUACUGCAGGACACAUCAUUCAUAUUGAUUUUGGCUUCAUGUUUGAAAGUUCACCCGGUGGGAAUCUUGGAUUUGAGCCGGACAUCAAGCUGACCCAAGAGAUGGUGAUGAUCAUGGGCGGAAAAGUGGAAGCUGCACCUUUCCGCUGGUUCGUUGAGCUGUGCAUCAAGGGAUACCUGGCUGUCAGGCCAUACCGAGAGGCGAUUGUGUCCCUUGUGUCCCUGAUGUUGGAUACAGGACUCCCUUGCUUCCGAGGGCAGACCAUCAGACAGCUCCGCACGCGCUUUACCCCAGUAGCCACAGAGAAGGAGGCAGCAGAAUAUAUGCUUAGCAUCAUCCAGCACUCCUGCUUGAACUGGAGGACAAGGGCUUACGACAGGCUCCAGUAUCACCAGAAUCAAAUUCCCUACUAGGUGUUUUUUCUUUUUCUUUUCUUUUUUUUUUCCUUUUUCAUUUAUUACUUUUCCUCUGCCUUUCCAUCCUGUUCCUCCUCCUCCUCCUCCUCCUCCUCCUCCUCCUCCUCCUCUUCAAUGACACAAACUGUGUAUACCUACACAUUUUUUUCCUGAAUGGGUCAGCGGUAUUGAUAGUAUGUAGAUGGCUUCUCAGUGACUUUUAGAUUAAUGGGGUGAAAUUGUUAAAGAAAUGUGAUAAUUUUAGUUAUUUAAUCUAGUUGAGUGAUAUAUUUAUUUUCUUCUUUUCCCAUGUGUGUAUGAUGGUUUUAGCAAAUUCUGAAAUUACAUGCCUAGUAUUAGGCUUACCAUUCCAUUCUAUUUUUGCGUACAAGACUUUUUCUGUUAUCAGUUUUAACCAACAGUUCAAUUGUAUAUAUCAUAAUGAAUUAAUAAGUGCUGUUGUUGUUGUUAAAUCAGAUAUUAUUAUAACAGAUAGUAAUUUUACUAGUGCUGGUGUUAAUGAGAAGUUUAUUUUUCCUGGAGUAAUGUCACAAGAUAUUUAAUUUUUACUAUUAAGAUAUGACCAGUAUUUGUUAGGGAAGAUGAUGAUUGUAAUAAUUGUUAUGAUUAUUAUUUUGUAACUAAUGAUUGUUAUUAUUAUUACUAUUAUGAUUUGAUUAUUAUUAUUAUUAUUAUUAUUAUUAUUAUUAUUAUAAAUGUUAUUACUAUUACUGUUACUAUUACUUUCACUAUUUCUAUUAUUAUUUUACUUAUUAUAUCUGUUAUCAUUCUCUCUUAACCAAAGGCCUCAUCAUAUUAAUUAUAUUAUUAUUAUAAUAAUAAUUACUAUUAUUAUGAUAUAGAAUAUCAAUAUUAUGAUAUUUAUCUACAGUGACGUAAUAAAAGGCAACAUGAAAAUUAUUAUUAUUAUCAAGAAUUUUACUUCAUGUUAGAAUUAUAUCUUUUUGUAUUUAGAAAGACUUCUGUUUACACAUUAUGAGAAAAAAGAAAUGUGAAUAUAUGUUAUUCCAAAUCAUUGAAAAUCUACAUUGUGUAGAGAUAUGUAUGAUUCAUUAGAUUUGUUUGUUGUUUUUCUUGGUCAGAUAACAAGAUGGACCAAUUUGCGUUACAUGGUUGAUGGAAGUGUAAUGUUGGUAACACUUCCUAGUCUUUUAUUUAAAAGUUCAAAAAGAGCACAUAAACAACUAGUAAUUUUAAGUGAAUUUAAAAUUGUUGAAGGUACACUUCCAAAACACAUAUCCUUGCCUUUAAAACUGCCUUUUACAUUUGUUGAAGAGUAUGCACCAGUUUUUUCAGAUCCACCUGUUUGGCUAUACAUAUUAUGCGUCAGGGAUCAGUGACUUGUUCAUUAUGAUUAUUGCAUUGAGGUGAAUUGACAUGAUUAUAAGGAAAAUGAAGAAAGUAUUCAAUUUAGGAUAAAAAUAUAUAACCAAGCAUUAUCUUCUCCUCUGUUACUUAAUGUUUCUGCUUGUGAUGAGUCCUCAGGCAUGUUAUAAGUGAACCCUUGGGCCUAUUUGCUCAUUUGGUAAGGAUAUCCUGAUUUACCUCUGUUGUUUAUUGUAAAGAAAUAAAAAUUAGAUGUGGCAAAUAAGUAUUUGUUCCCAAGUUUCAGUAUUGUUGUAAUGCAUUCUCCCUCCGACUUUGUUUAUCUUGUGUGUAUAUCACUGUCCUCUUGUUAGUAAAUUUGAAUAUAGUGGUCCUGUGCAUACUAUUAGGAUAACUAGUGCAUAACUUGUUACGUGAGAUACUCCUUGAUAUUGUGUAAUCUACUUAUUGUUGCAAAUAAAUGUUUUGUUCUAGUCUAAACAUUUCCUAUGUAGUUUCAUUUUAGAGGUGAAAGCUGUGGAAUUGUGAGAAACCAGUUAUUUUGAGUCAGUAUGAAAUAUUAGAUUUUAUGUAAAGACCCAUAAUAUUAUAAGUAAAAAGCUUCCAAUAAAGAAAUUUAUGUUCA